AUGCUACUCGAUAAAGGCGCCGACGUCAACGCUAAGGGUGGAUACUACGGCAACGCGCUCCAGGCGGCUUCAUAUAGAGGCAAUGAAACGAUAGUCCAGCUGCUGCUUGACAACCACGCCGACGUUAACGCCGAGGGUGGAAAGUACGGCAACGCGCUCCAGGCGGCUUCAUCUGAAGGCAACGAAGCGAUAGUCCAGCUGCUGCUUAACAACCACGCCGACGUCAACGCCGAGGGUGGAGAGUACGGCAACGCGCUCCAGGCGGCUUCAUCUAAAGGCAAUGAAGCGAUAGUCCAGCUGCUG